AUGGCCCAUGUCACUCCCGAGGUUGCUUUAGCCAUCACACGCCAAAAGGCGCGCUACGGCAGAUACUCCGACACGAAACAGUGGGACAAGUUUGCUCAGGACAUCGCCCUCCCCGAUGCCCGUUUCAGCUUCUACGACACCGAGGGAAAGCUUCUCGUCGCAGGCCCGCAGUCAUUGGCUUUCGACUCUGCCAAAGCAUGUGCCGCCUUCUUUGGCAAGUUCUUUGAGCAGUUCCAAACACAGCAUAAUUUCGGCCCCGGAGACUUUGAGCAGAUUGGGCCUGACGAGGUUAAAGCCGUUUUCGGCACGGAGGAUCAAAUCAUAUCCAAGUAUUUGGGUGCUUGGGUUGAGAUCAGAGGAGGCGGCUUCUACCACGAGACCUGGAAGCUGGUCGAUGGGGAGUGGUACCUUCAGGAUCUGAGGCUGGAGCGUACCUAUCAGAAGGAGACUGUUCUCGUCAAGAUUGGAUUGGCCGUUGCAGGCUUGCUUGGAAUAUCUCUCUAA